AUGACUCUUCCCUUCUUUCAGAAAGCAGGAGUCAAGAAAAAGAAGCCAGCGACAAAUGAAUCACCUUCCACCACCUAUCCAACACUCUCAUCACUGAUACAAAAGACCGGCAGCAAUGAAUCGCCAUCACCGCCUUGCAAUGCGACGGAUCCUUUGGAGCCUGAAGAGAUUGACGAGAACUUUUUCUACAAACACAUGAUGACUCAUUUCCAUUCACUGUUUUGCGAAUCUGCCAUUGUGUGCAUACCACACUCAAAGUCGAUCCAAGGUCUUGUCAUCACCAAAGACAUCAUUGAAUCGCAUUGUUUCCAAACAUCCCCUUAUUUUUGUGGACAAUACAUGGCAACGAAACAAAAGCAGAAAAUCAUUGCGCUUGAUUUUCCCAUCAUCACAACCAUUUUGGGAUUCAAAGAGGAACGAACUGUACAUAUCAUGGCAGAAGAAUCAGUCUAUCUAAAGAACAAAAAGAUUAAACUACUCUCCAUAGAUCGAUUGCUGGAAGGAGAACCACCUGCAUACCACCAUCAUCACAAGCAUGCAAUUACUAUUCCACCUGUUCGUAACUCUAGAACUGAUUUGGAGUUUCUCAACAUGUUUUCCGAAAAUCUGGAAGCACUCUAUGAAUUGCAGAUUGCAGUACAGGAGUUCACAGAUUCAUAUGUCUAUAUCAAGGGCUAUAACAAAAGUACGGUGGAAAGGAUACAGCACAUGUAUAUGAAGGCUUACAGAACUAUAUUACAGAGAAACAAACUACUGCAAGAGUCAUGUCGCACGCCUUCAGAGCACGACCAAUUCCUGGAGCUGGUAGAAAACGUUGUGAUGAGCUUUCUACACAAGAAAAUAUGGAUACAAUCGCUUCAAUCACUGCUGGCAUCACAGGACAACUACUUGGACACCAUCUGCUACACCUACUCCAAUGUCACCUUGUCGCAAUAUUCGCUGCGUUAUCCAAUAUCAGAAAUGCACUUGUCUUGUUUUGAUGAGGCAAUUACCAAUUUUAGAAGAUUAGAUUCUGAUAGUAGCAACGUUGAGCCGUACAAAUCAACAUUGAAACAGCUUGCAUUUACCCCGCUUGAGAAAUUGGCUGUAGUUAAAUCCACAUUGGAUCUGAUCACCUCGACUGUGCGUGAUUAUGUGCAGGAUGUUGGCAACGGCAUUAGCGAUACAUCGGUUACUGCGGAUGAAAUGAUUCCAUUGCUGGCAUUUGUCAUUGUUCAGAGCAACGUACCAAGGAUCGCCAGUUUGGUGUAUUAUAUGCAGUACUAUCGACUAGCAAGGAUGGCAGAAGGAUCCGUGUAUAGCUUUGUGGUCACGACAAUGAAGAGUGCUUGUGAGUUUUUGAAAGACGAUCCACUUUCACUGAAUGACAUUGGUUCAGCUACUUCAUCCCAUUCUUCCACCACCUCACCACAAAGUCUGCGCUCCAGAUCCACCUCAUUCAGCUCGUUGAACAAGCCCAAUAGUGCGCCCCCGCAGCAUGUCAAUUCAGCACGAUUUUCCUUACAUCAUAGAAAGUCGCAAAGUGCGGAUUUGCAUGGCCUUGUAGGCGAUUUGAACAUCAACUCUCACAACCACUACCACCUCAAUCACCACCAAGAGAAAGAAUUACUGAUGGAUCCUCGUAUCAGUGUAGAUGAGACAGACGAUGAUGGCGAUGAUCUUCGCAGUACAAGCUCAAGUGGUAGUAGUCGACGUAAUUCAGCCAUCCUGCGACCUCACAUUGUGUUACCAAAUCCUCGUCAUACCGAGAAUCGAAAAAGCUUAGAUAUACCCAACGAUUGGUUACUACCUAGCAACACCAAUAGCAGCAGCAGCAGCAGCUAUCAGACAUCUCGCAUGGCGCCCACCAGCAGCAAUUACUAUACCAACAGAUACAAAUCAUCUCGAAAUCUAGGAUCUUCCCGGCCCAUGAUAUCUACCACAUUCCCAUCUCUAUCCAAUUCCACACCGUUACCCAUGGAUGGAUUACCGUUAUCGUCGUCCUAUCAACAUCAUCCGUCAUCCUCGCCAUCACUACCUACAUCACCACUUACAUUGAAACAACAACAACAACAGCAGCAGCAGCAGCAGCAGCAAGAACACACCUCACAGCAUUACCAACAUCAUCAUUUACCCUCCGUACCAUCUAUUUCUUCCGUGGCAGAUAUACCUAAACUAGGCAGAUCACUCAGUGCAUCAACCGUAGUCAGAAAGAGAAUAUCUCAACAACCCCCCAAAGUCAUUAAUAUUCGGGAUCGAAUUUCGUUUGAUAGCAAUCAACGACCUGCAUCCAUCUGUCUGGACACAAGGUCGCUUCAUAGCAUUGAAGAUGGUGGAGAAGAGUCAGAAGAGUUGAUGGGCGAUUUCUUGCUGGGCUUGAGUAAAUUAGAUGGCAAUGUAGUGGGUGGAAGAACAGGUUCAUUCAAGACAUCAUUCAGGCAACUGUAA